CUUUGUUUGCCAUGUAAUCGCAAUAUUCGCUUGAGGAAAAAGGAGAAGAAAAACAGUUUCGGGAACAAUAAAAUCAACAUACGGACGGUCUGGUCGACGCAGGCUACACAGUUAACCACCAUCAGCUAUUCGACUAUAAUCAGCUCCGCACAUAAAUGGGCAACUUUGUGAGCAGGCAGAACGCAGCGGUCGAGGAAGCGGACCAGAUACCCAACAAUGCCUACAAAUAUCCGCCUCGGAUGGGCAACUUCUUUGGCACCCACUUCAUAAUGGGCGGCGAGCGCUUCGACACGCCCCAACCCGAAUCGUAUCUGUUCGGUGAGAAUGCAGACUUGAAUUUCCUGGGCAAUCGCCCGACGGCCUUCCCCUAUCCGCCGCCCCAAGCGAACGAGCCGACCAAGACCCUCAAGAGUCUGGUUAACAUACGCAAGGAGUCUGUGCGCUUUGUGCGCGUGCCGAGUGACAAGAAAGCAGACUGUGUGGACGCCGCCGCCGCCAGUCCCAUCAAGGAGAAGCCCAAGCCCAUGGAGAUCAUCGAUGACAUCGACAAGACGAACGUAACCAUCGAGGAUGUCGACGGGAAUGUCCUCUGCUCGAUGGGCCUGGGUGGCGGCAGCUCGGACUCGGUGGCCCCGCCGCCGCCGCCCUGCUGCUACAACAUUGAGUUCACCUUCGACUCGGAUGCCAAGUGCGCGAUCACCGUGUACUACUUCGCCAGCGAGGAGGUCAGUCCCAGUGGCGUCACCCUGGUGGCACGCGAGGGCCUCACCUCAGAGACCUAUCACUUCGACAAGGGCAUCAAUCAGAGCUUCUCGCAGCCGGGGCAUGUGUUCAAUCCUCAGGUGAUACCCGAGGACGAUUUCAUAUACAAUUCGGGCCGCGAGCAGUACCCCGUGGCCAUUCACUGUGUGGUGGAGGAGGGCAACGACGAGUGCCGACAGUCGCACACGACCAUCUGUGUGAUCGACCAUCAUCCGGAGACGAACAGCUAUGUGCUGCGCGCCCUCAAGCAGAAGAUCUUCGUGGACGGCCUGUGCUAUCUGCUGCAGGAGAUCUACGGCAUUGAGAACAAGGCGGUGAACAAGUCCUCCAUCGACGAGGACAUCGACGAUCAUGGCAGCGAGUGUGUCAUCUGCAUGAGCGAGACGCGCGACACCCUCAUUCUGCCCUGUCGUCAUCUCUGCUUGUGCAACUCGUGCGCCGACUCGUUGCGCUACCAGGCCAACAAUUGUCCCAUCUGUCGGGCACCGUUCCGCGCCCUGCUGCAGAUACGCGCCGUGCAGAAGGGCAUCAGCACCCAUGUGCUGCAUCAGAAUACACCGACGUCGGCGGGCGGGGAUGCGGCACCCGUGGAUGUGCCACCGGGCUAUGUGCCCGUCUCGCUGAUUGAGGCACUCAACGGGCCGCCCCAAUAUGUGGCCAGAGCCAGGACAAGCGAGCACGAUAUUACGGACACGGCGGCCACUGUGGCCGCCUCCACAAUGACCAGCAGCGACAUCAAGGCCACCUCGCCCGUCAAGUCCAACAGCACGCGUCGCCCCAAGAUCAAGAAGAAUGCCUCGACGUGCACUUCCACCAGCGAGGUGGGCACCAUCACAACGCCCCAGACGGCUGGCAACCUGUCUGUGGUGGAGAUCGAAAACGAUCCCAAAAAGGCAACGGCCACGGCUGCGGCUACAGCUGCUGCCACUUCCGUCACCUCGCCCACCAGCAACACUGUGCUGGAGGAGUCGAAGCAGGACAAGCUGCAGAUUGUGAAUGAGCGAAAGUAUCCAACAAGCACCAGAGGAGGGAAUGGAGACGGAGGUGCAGGCACUGGUUCAGGUGGCGAUGCCUCGGCUGGCACCGAUGACGAUGUGGACAGUGAGAACGAGAAAUUGUCGCCGUUGCUGUCGCCGGGCAGCAAGAGCCGCAAUCUCUCUAACAAGUCACUCAAGCAGGUUGUGGCCUGCCUGGAGGCAGACGAAGCGGACAAGGCAGGCGGCGGCGGCAACUCGGGAGCCGGCGGUGAUAGUGGAGCGGCCAGCGAUGAGACAGGCAGCAAGAAGAGCGCCGCCUCGCUGAAGCGAGCCAAACCCAGGCCCGAGUUGCCGAGCAGUGGCAGCGGUGCAGCUGGUGGCUCCGGUGAGCCAGCGGCCGAUGAUUCGGACUACUAUACGCCCGAGGAUACGCAGAACUCGAUACUAAGUCCACUCUGUCCCACGGAGAGGGAGCGUGAGCGAGAGCGUGCCAAAAGCGGUGAUCCGCUGUGCGGAUUAACCACAGGCGGUGGCAAUGUGAGCGGCGGGAUUCGUGCUGGCGUCGGAGGCGGCGCACCAACCAGUGUGGUGGUGGGAUUUAGCAGUGCCAUGAAGAAGAAUCUACACAAGAAGUCCACUUCGGUGGGCAACAUGGCGGGCACCGGUUCGGGCACAGUUGUUGACUUGAAGUCCAACAAUGUUAGCUCGCUGCCAGAUAUGCUGGAUAGUCCGAUAAGCGGCAAUUCGGCAUCCACACGCAGCUCCAGUGAUAGCUACUCAUCCAGCUCAUCGACUAAGCAAUUGCUCAGCUCGAAUCCAACCACAACGGCGGCCAAUAUCAUUGUGGACGAUAAGACGGCUCUGCAGAAUGCCGUCAAUGUCUGAGGCGAACCGAAACUCAAUUUUGGUUCUAGUAUAUCUUAACACUUGUUUAUCUUAUUUAUUUCUGUAGCAAUUGUAAUUUCUUAGUUAAUUCGAACAAAAACGCUGGCGACGAGUAGGAGCAGCAGCCGCAAGCAGCAACCAGAAGGGACACUUAACCAGUAUAUAGACACACACACAGACACACAUCUACCCACAUACGUCUAGCAUGCAUGUGUAUGUAGUUUAAUUAAUUUAGCAUAACGGCUUGGUUAUAUUACAACAGUAUAAACAAUACAAAUAAAUUGUGUGGCCCUAGGGCACAACAUUCCAAAAUGAUAACAAA